UGGGAGCGCAGCUGCCGCCGGGUCGCCGCGGGAAGAACCCCGCGCGCGGGCUCCGCCCCCUGCUGGUCCUGCCGCGCCCCCACGUGACUUCCCGAAAGGCCCAGAAACCGCCCUCCCGCCGCUCAGUUUCGUUUUCUUGGGGGCUCUGGGCUCUCGUGCUGCCGUCGCGGCUGCCGUGCCAGCGCUUUCGCGUCGGGUCCUCCUAGGAGCGCCAUGGCGGAGCUGUCCCUGGCCGACGAGCUGACGUGCUCCAUCUGCUUGGAGCCCUUCAAGAUGCCGGUCACCACUCCUUGCGGCCACAACUUCUGCGGGUCGUGCCUGAAGGAGACGUGGGCCGUCCCGGGCGCGCAGUACCUGUGUCCUCAGUGCCGUACCGCGUACCAGGAGCGGCCGCAGCUCCGCAAGAACACCGUGCUGUGCGCCGUGGUGGAUCAGUUCCUGCAGGCCGAGCUGGCCCGCGAAGCGGCCGCCGACGGCUGGACGCCACCCGCUCGCGCCGCGGCCCCCAGCCCCGCCGACCAGGUGGCCUGCGACCACUGCCUGAAGGCGGCCGCCGUCAAGACAUGCCUCGUGUGCAUGGCCUCCUUCUGCCAGGAGCACCUGCAGCCGCACCUGGACAGCCCCGCCUUCCGGGACCACCCGCUGCAGCCGCCGGUUCACGACCUGUUGCGCCGCAAGUGCCCUCAGCACAACCGACUCCGGGAAUUCUUCUGCCCUGAGCACAGCGAAUGCAUUUGCCAUAUCUGCCUGGUGGAGCACAAGACCUGCUCGCCUGUAUCCCUGAGCCAGGCAGGCGCUGACCUGGAGGCCGAGCUAAAGCAUAAGAUGACCAUCAUGUACAGUCAGAUCAACGGUGCAUCGAGAGCGCUGGAAGAUGUGAGAACCAAGCAGCAGGAAGUGCGGGAGGCUGCACAAAGAAAGAUGGAGCAGCUCAGACAAGACUACUUGGAAAUGAAGUCUCUCAUUGAAGCUUCAGAGGUCAACGCCAUACGAAAGAUAAAGGACGAGGAGAAGAGGGUCAGCAGCAAGUUUGACACCAUUUACCAGAUCCUUCUCAAGAAGAAGAGUGAGAUCCAGACUGUGAAGGAGGAGACUGAACUUGCCCUGACUAAAGGGGAUGAGUUUGAGUUUCUGGAGCCCUUCUUCUUUGGCACAGGGGACCCUGCAGAGCAUGGCACGGCACCCACACACAAACCACGCCCUUUGAAGAAGGUCCCGAAAGAAGAAAAGAAACCCAAGAAACCUGGUGCUGCCUCACCCAGCAAGACUCCCACCUUUGGAGCCCCGGAACAGUUGGUGGACUUAAAACAAGCUAGCUUGGAGACUUCAGCCAAAGCCACCACCUUGCAGCCGAACUCAACAUCUCUCAAGGCCAAGGUGCUGGAGAACUUCUUAGCCAAGUCCAGAUCUGAGCUCCUGGAAUAUUCUGUGAAAGUCAUCCUAGACUACAACACCGCCAACAACAAGGUGGCUCUGUCGGAGAACUACACUGUAGCAUCUGUGGCUGAGACACCCCAGAAUUACCGGCCACAUCCCCAGAGGUUCACAUACUGUUCUCAGGUGCUAGGCCUGCACUGCUACAAAAAAGGGAUCCACUACUGGGAGGUGGAGCUGCAGAAGAACAACUUCUGUGGGAUCGGCAUCUGCUAUGGCAGCAUGGAUCGCCAGGGCCCCGAGAGCCGGCUGGGCCGCAAUAGUGCCUCCUGGUGUGUGGAGUGGUUCAACACCAAAAUCUCUGUCUGGCACAACAAUGUGGAGAAAACCCUGCCUUCCACCAAGGCCACGCGGGUUGGUGUGCUUCUCAGUUGCGACCACGGCUUUGUCAUUUUCUUUGCUGUCGCUGGUGACAAGGUCCACCUGAUGUAUAAGUUCAAGGAGGACUUUACCGAGGCUCUGUACCCGGCCCUCUGGGUGUUCUCAGCAGGUGCCACCAUCUCUAUCUGCUCCUUUAAGUAGGCAGGCCACAGGCUGACUGCCUGUGGAGUGCCCAAGGCUCUCGUGAAAAUGCUGCGGGGGGAACUCUCUCAGAGAACUUUCCUGAGAGUCCUCAGGGGUGACAGGAUGGGAAGGAGAGUUGGAGGGUAGGGAGAUGGGAUAAGGGAGGGAUUUGGCCAAGGAAAGUGGUAGGGGGAUGAUUGUGUUGUGGGCAAUGAAGUGUUUCUGCCCCCUGUUGCCCAUGAGGGCAGAAUACCCCCUCUCCCCUAGUUAUGGUAGAACCCUAGGCAGCUGGGCGGCUGGACAGGGCUUUGGGAGUCAAGUCAUUAGUGUCCCUUUCCUCUUGGAGAAAAUCUCUAGUCACUGCAGGUGUUUUCUCAGUCCUCUUGGCGUAUGCCCCCUUGCUUCUCUGGAAUAAUCUUCAGAUUUUGGUGUUUUGAUUACUCUCAACAGAGUUAGUCUAUAGAUUAAAAAAAAAAAAUCUAAGUCGUCAAAUUACUCUCCCUUCCCAACAGUACCCACAUGUGGGGGUUGGGGUGAAUGCUCAGUUCCUGGUUAUUUUCUGUGCUUGAGGAAAACCACCCACAGCAGGCCUCCACCCAGACCUAAAUUUCUCGACGACGUGUGUCCUCUUCCUCCACUGGAGAAUAGCCCUGCCUCCCUCCCUACCCUACAACACCUCAUUACCCAAUCGAGAAUUUUAAACUGUUCAAUCCAACAGGAACCUUUUCUGUCUAAGGUUUAAAACCAUGAUCUGAAUCAGUCUAUGUUGAAUUUGUGAUUCAAGGUCAAGGUGCCCCAGGUCCCAUGUGGAUGGAAACCUCUCCGACUCCCAAGUAUUACGAAAGGAGUCUCAGCAGAGAUGCUUUGGCUGCAGCCAUGGAGCCUUCUUCCCAUAUCCUAGACUCUGGGCCAAGGAACUCCACUGGGCGAGAGGGACCCUGACCUGGGUUGACAGAGGUGUGGUGGUUUUGCUCUUGUCAAAGUGUGUUGCCUUAUUGGUAACUCUCUUCAGGGACAGCUGCCCCUCCGCAGGAUUGUGGGGUACCGGACGGGCUGGUGUAGAUACCAUUGUGGCCAGCACCGUCUAGCAGAUACCUAAGCUCCGUAUCUGAACCCUGCUAUCAUGGGACAGGCCUUAGGGGCCUUCCGGGCCACACUAGGUCACCCUCUGGGGUGACUACCUACUGCCAAAAGGGCCCUUCGCAGAUCCCAUGGGCAACAGCAGCCUUCCACAGGCUGCAGACUCAGCACUUGGCCCUCCAAUGAGUCAGGCCUGUCGCUGGCUCUGGCCCCUUCUGCUGUCUUCCUUGUUUGAGCCAAUUCCAGAUGUGGGGAUUGACCAGGCUAGCGGGGGUCAGGAAGAUUUUAUCAGGACCAGCGAGGGGACAAGCUGUAGAGCUCCAGCACAAGGGGCUAUUUUCCCUGCAGUGUUGCUGUGCAGUAAAAAUACCCUCAGCCCACUAAGGGGCAGGAGUGAAUGGAUUGGUGUUCCAUUCCUGAUGUUGUCAGGACAUAAGUGGAAGAGGAGAAGAAAUUUCUAAAAGUGGAAGAAAUUUCACCUCUUAUGGUCAAAUGAGUCCUGCUCUGGGCUUGCCCAAGACAGAAGCUCAGGCCAGGCCGUUUGUGAUAUGAAAAAGGGCACCACUGGGGAGGUGAGGUCCCCAGUCCUUUUCAUAUUUGAGAACUGAACGCACCUCUGGCCUUGUGCUGGAAUUCCAGGAUACUCUCUCUAGUCAGGCCCAGUGCACUUGGUAUUCCUGACAGAAGUGUUGACCUGUGUCAUCUCCCGACAAGGACUUUCACUUCCUUGGAAGAGAGAUCGUCUUUGUCGGGAAGCCCUCCCUGCAAUAGUUGAAAUGUGGUUUUUAAAUAUUUUCUUCCUUUGCUACUGGGAAGAAUAGUUCUUUGGUGAUUCUUCUCUGCCUUUGGAGAUGGCCAAAAGCAGCUUCAUUGACAUUCCAAAACAAAAGCCUUGGCUGAAGCCAAGUCGUACUUGGGGAACAGCUGGGCUUAGAGGAGAAAGCUGAGGAUGAACCCAUGAGUCCUACUGUGGCUCUUCUGCAGAAAGGAGGGCGAAGGAGAGGCCAUUCCUGGCGAUCCUACAGGGCAGCAGGAGUCCCUCUGUUCAUAAAAGAGGCAAGUAGGUAACCCAAGCUCUGUACAAGGUGCUUUGGAGAGGUAAAUUGAGGAGCAUGCCCUUGCUGUCUCAAACCUUACAUUCCCUCACCUUGUAGGGCUGCUGCCUAACCCUAGAGUCCUAGAGUUAGAGGAACCUUUGUGUUCAUCUGACUUCUCAUUUUGCAGAGUAAGUCAAAUGGGGAGAUACGGAUGACUGCUUACCACUCUUGCCAACCUAUCGUGGAGGAGAUGCCUCUCAGAUGCCUCCUACAUGCCCCCUGGUGCCCUGGGGAAGUGUCAGACAUUCCCAGAAACACAAAAAUACUAUCUCAGACCCAGGGAUUAGGGACUGUCUCAGUCACUCUGGCAUGAAAAUCCAAAGGUCAGGGUCAAGUUUUUGUAUUCAAGACUGGUUGGCUGGUUUCCCCUGUUUUAAUGACUGAGAUGGAUCUGCGAUUUAUAACUAAUACUGAUAUGUUCUCUCUUACUUUAUUCUGCCCCCGCCCUUUGAUUUUAAUUAAUUAGGAGUAUUUGAGCUGUUACUUCUUAGCUGCUUUUUUAGAGUUGAUUCUUUAGGAGAUAACGAGGGCUGUAGACGUGGAUCUUUUGAAACCUACGAGAAAUACAAGGGCCAAAGUUGGCCAACAUGCCUUAGAAACUUGGAAUGUAGUAAAGCAGUGUUUGGUAUUCUUCCUUGCAUCACAGGGUGUGUAGACAAGUUACUUACCCAGUCUUGCUGGGGUCAUUAGAUAACUGCCUACAGGGCUGUGGUUGCCCAGGCCCCACCCAGCUGCCUCCAGGGCUUGGGAUUUCAGCAGACCUAUAGCCUAUUUGAGGCCGGCCAAGGGUGAAAAUUCUUGAUAAAGAAUUCUCAAACUGAUAGGAUAUUCUUCUGGGUUUUGCUUCAAGAUAAUCCAAGGAUGGAUGUAGGGAGAAAGGGGUGGGGGUGGGGGGGUAUGAGUGAAAAGAUGAACCACAAGCUGAUAAAGAGUGAAACAGUAAUGUGAUGUGAGGCUUCAUUAUAAUAUCAUGUUUUUCUACUGUUGUGUAUUUUGAAAAUUUCCAUAAUAAGUUAAACAUAAAUAAAACAAUACACAGCCCAGGCUAGUGAUGGGCUCUGUUCUGUGGAUUUUAUCCUUGUUUUGCAGAGGGGUAGGAGUUGCGGGUUUGAGGUUGUCGUAUACGGUUGUCCCCCCUUAUCUGAGGAGUAUAUGUUCCAAGACCCCAGGAGGAUGCAAGAAACCAAGGAUCGUACCAAACCCUAGACAGACUCAUGUUUUUUCCUAUACAUACAUACAUACUAAUGACAAAGUUUAAUUAAUAAAGUUAGGCACAGUAAAAGAUUAACAAUAAUAACUUAAUAAAAUAGAACAGUUAUACAAUAUACUAUAAUAAGAGUUAUGUGGUCUUUCCCAAAAUGUCUAAUAAUUGAUCUGAUAACUCAGAGGGCUACUAAGUGGCUAACAGGCGGGUAGCAUAUACUCAUACAGCAUGGAUAUGCUGGACAAAGGGCUGAUUCACCUACCUGGAUGGGAUGGGGUAGGACACUGAGAGAGUGUUAUUUCAAACUGCGUGCAAUUUAAAACAUGAAUUGCUUAUUUCUGUAAUAGUUUCAGUCCAUGGUUAACCAGGGGUAACUGAAACUGCAGGAAGGUGAAACCAUGGAUACGGGGAGACUACUGUCAUAAAGCAUUUAGCCUUUGUCCCUGGUUCCUGGUGGGGAAAUUCUAAAUCCUUGGAAUUUCCCCCAGUAAGAGGAGUAUCUUUGUUAUUCAUGAGCCCUUUGGAUCACACCUGAGUUUAUGCUAGAAGUUGAGAUGACCCAGGAUGGGGGGCUGGUCACCAGAAAGACCAACCAUGAGAUUACAGGGUUGGGAUUUUGAGCCAGCCUGACCUCUACAGGGAGAGGGGCUGGAGAUGGAGUUGAAACACAUGGCCAGCGAUUCAGUCAGUUAGGCCUUUGUAAUGAAAUCCCACUAAAAACUCUGGACACUGGAGCUCUGCUGAACACAGUGAUGUGCCAGGAGGGGAUGCACCCUGAUUCCACAGGAAGGGGGUUCAGAAGCUCUGCAUUUGGGUCCUUCCUAGACUUCACUCUGUCUCUCUUCAUUUGGCUGGUCUUGAUUUGUAUCCUUUACAAGAAAACUAUUCCAAGUAUGGUGCUUUUCUGAGCUCUGAGUUCUAGUGAAUUAUAGAACUUGAAGAAGGUCAUGUGCUAUAGACUGGGUGUUUGUGUAGCCCUGAAAUUCCUAUGUUGAAACCUAACCCUCAAUGUGAUUAGAUCAUGAGGAUGGAGCCCUCAUGAAUGGGAUUAGUGCCCUUAUAAAAGACCCCACAGAGUUGCCUCACCCUUUCUGCCAUUUGAGGACAGAGCAAGAAGCAGCAGUUCUCACAAGACACUGAAUUCCCCAGCGCCUGGAUCUUGGACUACCAGCAUUCCAGAGUGUGAGAAAUAAAUGUUUGCUGUUUAAACCA